GUAGUUUAGUAAUAGCCCCAUUUUAACACUGGAGUAACCAUCAUCGGUGCAAUGACAUUGCAUGUGACAAAUUUUUGGGUGUGAUAGUUCUAAGGGACUCAGGGCAUAGUGAAGGAAGGUUUGGACUUCAGGUAAACCGAGGAGGGAGCAUAUCGCCAUUAAAUUCGUUACUCUUGCUCGGCUACUGAGAGGAUAACAGCGAAGAUGAUCGGAGUAGGGAAGAUUAAGCAGUACACGAAUGUUCUGGAUAAACCCCUUAGUAAAGGCAGACAAGAGCGAUCCCUAUGCAAUUCAGCGCGUUUAGGAUUCUCAGAGAAAUUCCAAAAGGGGAAAUUGGGAACUGAUCAGAAAAAUAACUUUUACUUUCUGUUGCCCAAACGGUAGAACUUCUGGACAAAUCUGGGCGUACCUUUUUCUGAUUAUUUGUCUUAGUUAAAAGGAAAGAUAUACAUCGGAACUUUGAAUCGCGUUUUUUAAUGCAAAAUUGAUAAAGUAUUUGUGAGAUAAAUUAAAUACCGGUGUUACUGUAUUUGAGUUGCUUGUUACAAAGUUUGAACAUGGAUAUUUCAUCUUUAUCGCAAAGGCUUACAAAUUCUUCCAGUUUUGAAGUUGGAAUGCAACAGAUUUGACCUAGAAAGUCAAAGUAUAUAUGUUGAGGGGCUGUACAGUUCUGUAUUACAAUAUGCAGGUCACUUUAAGUGGAUUUGCUUACUUAUUCUCAGAGCUUGUUCAGUACAACCAAACUCAGGUUGACAACAUUGGGGAACUAGAAAGGAGAUUGGAGGAUGCUGGUUAUGCUGUUGGAGUACGAGUUCUGGAAUUACUUUGCCAUAGGGAAAAGGGUAACAGAAGAGAGACACGUUUGUUGGGAAUUUUAUCUUUCGUGCAUAGCACAGUAUGGAAGGUGCUAUUUGGAAAGGUAGCGGACUCUCUUGAGAAAGGUACUGAACAUGAAGAUGAAUAUAUGAUUAGUGAAAAGGAGCUCCUGGUCAAUAGAUUUAUUUCGGUACCCAAAGACAUGGGGUCUUUUAACUGUGGUGCUUUCGUUGCUGGGAUAGUCAGGGGCGUUUUAGACAAUGCAGGUUUCCCGGCUGUUGUGACUGCUCAUUUUGUUCCGGUGGAUGGUCAACAACUCCCCCGGACAACCAUUUUGAUAAAAUUUGCCGAGGAGGUAUUACGAAGGGAAGCAAGGUUAGGAUGAUUAUUAUUGGUAUAAGUAACUUGUCUGCCUUUGUAUUUUGGUCAUGGACUGAUUGCAAUUUUCUAUGUCCUUUGAAGAAUCAAAUUAAUUUUAAUUUUGUAGUAACCACCCAACUCACAACUAUUUUUCUUGUGUAUUUUUCACACAUACAUUUUACCUCAA